AACUCAAACAUACUGUCGAGAAAUGAAAGUUACCUCGCAUUUCUUCGUGAGUUCCUGGUUCCUGCUGUUGGAAAUGAUUCCCAUUGGUUGCUCUGCUACCGCGCCUCUUUGCAUGGCUGGAAUGGUAGGGACUUUCAUACUCGUUGCGAUGGAAAGAAAAAUACUGUAACGGUUAUAAAGAAAGACCAGUAUGUUUUUGGAGGGUACUCUGAUGUUCCAUGGGGUGAGUAAUUUUCGACUUCUGCAACCCAGCAAUCACGAUUUCAUCCCAGACCAGUCAACCUAUCGAUUUCUCAUCCGACAAACAAACAAAGAGACUCAAAAACACAGUCUUAACUUUCCUUGGCAGCAUUUGAAGAGAUUCUAGGAUUAUGUCGUUAGUUCGUUCCUCUUCACUGCAUGCGAGUAUAGUAUACGAGCAAUUAUUUAAAAACGUGCGCUCCCAUUUUUGGAAAAGCAAAGGGUUCGAAUAUUAAUGUUAACAUGAAAACUACGAGGAGACUGUUCGGUUCGCGGGCCUAGAAUUUCAAUGCAUUUUGUGUUUAGGCACGCGUUUUCAAUAAAUCAAUACCUCCAAAUUCAUGUCAGAACUUUAACUGCAGCCUCACGAUUCAAUUUGUUUGACACGAACCCUCAUAUUUCUGCCAUAGUUUUCGUCUAAUGAUUUUAACCAGGGUUACUGACAUCAAAGGGACUGCUGCAAAUUUGCAAAUAUGGAAUAAAAACAGGUAUCAUAAUCCUAACCCCGAAGUAUUGAGCGAAGAGAUCAUUUCUUUUUUAUCAUAAUUAUCUUUUAUCCGGGAAAAAGGAGCCAUUCAUGGCUGACGAAUUCAUGUUUUCUUAGCCGAUUGUCCUCCGGGAGCAAGAACAAAGGACCCGUCAGGUCGCUGUUGUGUACUUCCUUUCGAGUAUGAAGGCCGUACGUAUCACAAGUGUGCUGGGAAAGUACCGGGAAAUUUUGAGAGACCGUGGUGUUCAUUCGAUGCUGUCUACAAUGGUGACUGGGCGUCUUGUGGUAAGAAAGAAGGUUCUUCUCCAUAAUGUAUACAUAUUAGUAUUUUUCUCUCUCACUUGUUUCAGUUUCAUUACCUUCAUGACAAAAAUAUGCAAAGCAUAAGUAUUUUUAUGGUUUCUUUCAACUUAGACUGUAUGUUAUCAGCACUAUUGAGCAGCUUUAGGUGAGAAGAAAAGCAGGAUACAAAAAUAUAACCAAUAAAAAGGUUGCAAUUUUUGCUUAUUGUCUUGACUGUAGAUGAAAAUCCAUAUAAUGGAUAUCGCAAGACAGAUAGGGCUUUUAUUUAUUCGCUCCACAACAAAGAAGGACUGGCGCCGUUUAAGAGUAUGGUGAAGCAUGAUUCCCAAGCCAUUUUUAUGGAUAUAAGCCAUGGUCCAACGUUUGGUGGAGGCUUCGAUAUUCAUAUUGCCAACAACGCAGGUCAUAAUGUUCAUUCGUACACCAACUUUGGUCACUCUUUCUUGGCUCCUAGUGAUGUAGAGGAAAAAGAUACAGUGUUAGCAGGAACUUACUAUUUUACUCCCGAUGAGGUAGAAGUGUUCUAUCUCCCUUAG